AACCUGAUACAUGUUGAUGACAACAUAACUGAACCGAACAUGACUUAAAUCGAAUGAAAGAUAGACCAAAUUAAUACUCCAAAACCAAUGCCAACCGUUUGUUUUCUUCCCCUUUUUAUCUUUAACUCUAUUCACUGAUUACUCUGUAGUCUGUACUAAGAAGAAGCCCAGUGUUCCAAGGAGGGUGAGAAACUCCAAUGGCUUCAUCUUUACAUUAUUCUUCCUUCCUGGGCUCUUCUCCUCAACUAUUAUCUCCCUCCAUUUCCGUCUUUUCAUUUUCAAAGAAAUUCCAACCUAGGAUUAUUACCCUUUCUGUAAAUCCUCCUCCAUCAAAGCUCUCUCAGUAUGGACUGCAAACAUAUUGUGUUCCUCUAGCUAUUUCAUUAGCUCUCUGCUGGUCAAAUCCAGCUCAAGCAGGAUUUUUAUCAGGGUUUUCUGGAAUAGAAUCGGUCCCAGGUCCAGAAUUGCCUUCUAUAGAAUUUCUAAAUCGAUUUAAUGAAGAAAACCAAAAGAAGUAUGCUGAAAAUGAUGAGAGAUUCAAAUCGUCUCCUAUUGUUAAAGAGCUACUUGAGCGUUCCAAGCAGAAUAAGGAGAAGAAUAAGCAGGAAAUACAGAACAAAUAUUGCAUUAGAGGAGCGGAGUGGGGAGUCGGAGAUUGCUCAACUCAAGGGAUGACAGACGAAGAAAGAGAUGAAUUCAUUUCAAUGCUCAAGGAGAAGACUGCUAAAUGAAGUUUUGAAGAUAUUCUAUUACAUAACCCUUUAAAGUUUUGCUCAUGUUUGAUAUCACAUUCAUAUAAUUUUAUAGUUUUUUGUUGUUUAGAAAUUAGUUUCUUGUAAUACUUAUGUGGGAAGCUCUGUGCUUAAGUUGCUUCAUAUAUAUAACAUUGCAUCAUAAACACUGUAGAGUGUAGACACAAGGAAAAGUGUAUGAUUAGAAUCACAAUAGACAAGAGAACUUUGAACCCUCCAAA